UGUGAAGCGCUUGGUCCGCUUCUGUGGUUCAGAAUUUUUUUUACAAGACGCUAAGAAGAGGAUGGCUGAUUUACUAAGACUGCUGGUCUCACGUCUGACGGUCAUUGCGGUUUGCUUUCAUUCCCUCUGUGCAUUAGACCAAUGCAACGAGGAAGUGACUCGUCUGAGGGAGCAAGAGAAGCUUCUAGAAAGUCGGCUUCGUGAGCAAGAACUCCUCCAGCGCAGACUGCGACUGUUCAACCAAGCCGGCAACGAGCCAAAUACCGGAGUGGACCAGAAUCUCCAAGCGCAGCACCAAGACUGCUCUCAGCUCUACACUUCUGGCCUCAAGUCCAGUGGGUACUACAACAUCCACCCUCAUGGCUCCACUGCUGCAGUCAGGGUGUUCUGUGAUAUGAGUGAUGGAGGCGGUUGGACGGUGGUACAAAGACGCAUCAACGGAGCAGAGAAUUUUACCAGAUCAUGGGUGGAAUAUAAAAGUGGUUUUGGAAACAUGGCUGCAGACCUUGGAGAGUUUUGGUUUGGUAAUGACAACCUGCAUGACAUCACUGCACACGGCAAUUACACACUGAGAAUUCAUUUGGAAGACUUUGACGGUACCCAACGUCACGCUGAGUAUAGGAACUUUAAAGUGGCAGAUGAAAAGGAUUUCUACCGACUCACCUUUGGAGCGUAUAGUGGCACGGCGGGAGACGCUCUGUCUGGGAACUACCAGGUUGACGUGUCUAAGUGGGCCAGUCAUCAGGGAGUUCCAUUCAGCACAUAUGACAAGGACAACGACAACUACCGAGGCAACUGUGCACAAGAAGAUAAAGGAGGCUGGUGGUUCAACAAGUGCCACUCAGCCCAUCUGAAUGGCCAGUACUACCCCGGUGGGUACUACAGUGGGCUGACUGACGAUGGCGUGGUUUGGUACACCUGGCGAGGAUGGUGGUACUCUCUGAAAACCAGCAUCAUGAAACUUCGACCUGACAACUCCCAAAUCAACACCCUGGACGACCCCAAUGUUGUUCAUAAGGAUUAGAUCCUAAAGCUGCUGGUUUUAGGCAGAAAAGCUCUGCACUAUAAAAAAAUAACCCAAAAACUACAUUAGAGUACAGUGGUACCUCGGUUUUUGUUAGUUAUCCGUUCCAAAAGACGAAUCAAAUUUUCCCAUUAGAAAUAAUAUAAAUCCAAUUAAGUCAUUCCAGACAGUCAAAAAUAUGAACACAAAUCAGGUUUUAUUGUGAACACUUACAGUUUUACAUGCAGAAAACAAUGUGAAAUACAAAUAAAUGAUGAAUGAAAUGUAUUCAUAAACAAUAUUUACAUUUCAGUUUUACCUUUAUUGAAAACUCUUGUUGGCAAAGAAUUUGUACUUUGCUUCAAGUUCUUUCUUGAACUCAAUAGUGUUUCUCACCUUCUUUAUUAAAGUGCCGGCACAUGCAACUUUCUUUGGUCCCAAGGUGGAUUAUUUUGAAGUCGCAAUUACUUAAAAAAGCUCACAAACAAUGUCACUUAUGUGUGGAUUCUUUAAAGGAAAACCAGUUUGUUACAUCCCAUGUUUGGUUGUAUGAUAGCCUAGAUGGUGUACGAAAACCAGAGCAAAAUUUGGAGGAACAUUUUGGUUGGAAGCCGAAUCAUACAAAAGGUAAGGCGUACAAACACAGAGGUACUGCUCCUAGUCAUGUACUCAUUGUUACAGCUUGCAACCGGCAAACAUUAAAUAUAUUUUCAUAAAUAUAAAAACUAUACACAAUGAUUGUUUUCUGUUACAAGUAGGGAUGGGUACCAAAUUCGGUACUUUUAUAGGUCGCAACCAAAGUUUGUUGUUACAACCAGGUAAUGAUUCAUGUAAAAAUCAAAUGGUACCAUAUUUCGAUACCAAUGUUACACGAUGGACGACCGGUUGCAAACUCAGCACCGGCUCAAGCACUUGGCAGGCAAACAGGCAUAUUCAUAACAGACUGUCUAAGUAAUAUUGCAAUUUUCCAUGCCAACAAAGCAAGCACACUUGAUAAAAAAAGUUUUUCAAAUUGUGCUAGCUUGAUGCUAAUUGGAUAUGCCAUAUACAUGUUACUGAUUAGCAUUAGCCAUUUUAAAUGGUGAUUUCAACACCUUUACAUUUGGUAAUCGAAACUAAACUAAGAUGCACGUUACAAUCAAUGUGUAAUAAUUGAAAUACUUAGAGUAUAAACACUUUGUAGGACUCAACAAAAGACUAAAAUGCCACAUUCAACUUAAUAGCAAAGACUACUUCCUGUCUACUGCAACACACCUAGGACAAACAAAAUGAUACUCAAGAGUGUAAGAAAAUGAGAUGUGACAACUGGACAGCACAUAUUUCAUUACCAGCUUAUUAUUAAAUGUUACAUUAAAAUAUUUUGAUCUUAUUCAACUUUGUCACUAAAUGUACACACACAAAAGUGCAGGAAUUAGUACUGCAUCGGUUCAAAUGUAAAAGGUAUCCAUCCCUAGUUACAAGUAUCUUUACACAAAACUUCAACUGUCAACCACAGCUAGCAAACAAAAAAUGUUCUGCUGUAUACAUUAUUAUGUAUUGUC